AUGACUGCUGCCUCAGACUCCAAGUGCCAGCCCGAGGAGGUGGGGUACCUCCGCCACCUGACCAUCACCGUCCUGUGUGUGUCCUGCGUCAUUGGCUCGGUGGCCAACGGGUUGGUCCUGUGGAUGACGGUCUUCAGAAUGCCUCGCACCGUCACCACCGUCUGGUUCCUCAAUCUGGCCCUUGCCGACUUCGCCGUCCUACUGUCCUUGCCGUUUUCAAUCUACAUCUUGAUUGUGGGUGAGUGGCCCUUCCACAGAUGGGUUUGCAAACUCUACCAGGCGUUCUUGAACCUCACCUUCUUCACUAGUAUCUGCCUCUUGGUCCUUAUCUCCGUCGACCGCUGCAUCUCUGUCCUCUACCCGAUCUGGACCCGAAACCACCGCACCGUGCGACGAGCAAAGUGGCUGGCCGCCAGCGUGUGGCUGCUGGCUGCCCUCACGUGCGUUCCAUACCUGAUCUUCCGCACCACCGGUGCCCAGAAGAACUGUACCUACUGCUACUUCAAUUUCAGCGUGGAGAACGGGGCAUUGGAGGCAACCCUGACUUUGGAGCAAGUGGCACUGGGGGGUCGCGUGGCCAUGACCGUCACCCACCUCCUUCUGGGCUUCCUGCUGCCCCUGGUGGUCAUCGGCAUCUGCGCCCACCUCAUCCGGGCCAAUUUCCAGCAGCAGGGCUGGAUCCGUGUCAACUGGAUGAAGAGGUUACUGCUGAUGCUGGUGACCACCUUCUUUGUCUGCUGGUUCCCAUUUACUGUGGCUCUCUGUGUCCAGUUGUGGCGUUUCGUGAAGUCUAGAGACACCAUCGACCCCCAAAUGUUGCUCUUCCUUUGGGCAGCCUUCUCACUGGGCUGCCUGAACAGCUGCCUGAACCCCUUCCUCUAUGUCCUCACAGGCAGGGAUUUCAAGAAAAAGUUCCUGCAGUCCAUACCAUCCGCCCUGGCCAGGGCAUUUGGUGAAGAGGAUGUUCUCAGCCAACAGGUCUCCAAGGUAGAAGACGCUGGAAAACGAUAG